CUGACUCUGUCCCAGGUGUGUGUGGAGCAGAUUAGGCUUAACUUUAUUUAAUUACUGCAUUCUCAAUUUAUAUCCUCAGGAUGAGUGCUCGUCUAUGGACGGAGGAGCAGUUCAACUGCCCCGUCUGUCUGGAUCUUCCCACUGACCCGGUGACCAUCCCGUGCGGCCACAGUUACUGCAUGGCCUGUAUCGCAGAUUACUGGGACAAUGAAGGCAAGAAAAACGGCACCUACAGCUGCCCGGAAUGCCGGCAGACUUUCAACCCUCGUCCCGCUCUCUGUCGGAACACCAUGCUGGCCGAAGCCGUGGAGCAGCUCCGCCGCGGGACCCUGAACUCCGCCGGGCGAGAGUCCAUCAAGAGCGCCCGGCAUGCGGCGUCUUCCGCGUCUGAGCGUGCGCGCACACGGAGCAAAGGGGCUUCCAAAAAGCUGCCAGGUUCGGCGGUGCCCUGCGACCGCUGCACGGAGCCCAAAGCGGCCGUGAAGACGUGUUUGGUGUGCAUGGCAUCGUUCUGUGAGACUCACCUGAAGCCUCAUAACAUGCAAGAAAAGCUGAGGAGCCACGAGCUGAUCGCGCCCACCAGUGACCUGAGUCAGAAGAUCUGCCCCGAGCACAAGUACCUGCAGGAGUUCUUCUGCCGCUCCUGUCAGAUGUACGUGUGCUGGCUGUGCACCAGUAACCAGCACAAGGGCCACGAAAGUGUGUCCACACAGGCAGAGAGGAACGAGAAGCAGAAAGAGCUGGGUGCAGUUCUGUCUGAGAACAAUCAGAGACUCCAAGAGAGAGAGAGAGAACUGAAAGACAUGAAGAAAAUCUUAGACACACUAACGAGGUCCUCAGAAACAGUGCAAGACGAGGCGGACACGGUCCUGUCUGAGCUCCAGGAGUCAGUGCAACGGAUGCUGGAGAUGCUCCAGGACGUGAUGGUCUCCACUGCGCAGGAGAAGCUCAACGAGGCUCAGGAUGUGGUGACCAAACUGGAGGCUGAAGUCAAACAGCUAAAGAAGAAAGAUGGAGAACUGAAAGAGAUCAUCAACUGCCAAGACAAUAUCUACUUCCUGAAGACGUAUCAUUCUCUGUGCUGUCCGCUGGAGGGGGGAGAUCUGGGAGCUGUGACUGUGAACCCUGAAGCCACAUUUGAUCCUGUCAGGAGCGUCGUUGUCCAGCUCAGGGAGAAAGUGGAGGAGAUGUGUGACCAGGAGCUGGACAAGAUCAACAAGACAGUGCACAACACUACAGUGUUUACAGUGGCAGACCGCAACGGACAGAAAACAGGAGGCAUAAUGAAACUGUUUUCUGGAAAAGGAACCAGAGGCACUCGUGCACAAGGACCCCCACCAUUGCCUUCAGUAAGCACACGAGGAUCUGUGAACACCCGUACACAGGCUGUCAGAAACAGUGAGCCAAGAGUUAACAGAGGUGUUACAAGCUCCCCAAGACCAGCCAGAUCACCGAGAGAGGAGAGCAAUGACACGGACAGAAGUCGCAGUUCAUUGAGACCAAGAGAAACCCAAAGAAGAGAGGAAAGAGAAAACAAUGAUGCAGACACCUGGAGUUUAAGUUCAGUGAGAUCAAGAGGGAGACCGAGAGGAGAAGACAGAGAUCAGGAAAUAGAAAAUCAGACCUCACAAAGACGUCAAAGCACACAGAGCAGAAGCACACGUGAUGAAGAACAAGCGGACCGCUGGAGUUUGAGUUCAAUCAGACCGAGACUGAGGAGAGAAGACAGAGAACAAGUCAAUGGAGAAGCUCAGAGUCCCUCGCAGCAAAGAUCAAAUGCUGUGGACAGACAGCAGCCGGCCAGACAAUCGGACAGAUGGAGUCUGAGCUCUCUCUUACCCAGAAACCGGAAGAAGAGACAGGACACAGUGAAAGAGGCCACACCCACUAUUCAGGAGGCGGGGUCAGUGAGACCUCGUAGCCUCUCCCGUGCCAGCGCCUGGGGAGAGCCAACAGAAGUGAAUCCUGGGCUGUUCCUGGACUCUCCUACUGACAGUCCCCUCGUCAAUCCUGCUUUUCCCACAUUGAGAGAAAUUAAUAUUGACAGUAUUCAGGCCCCAGAGCCCAGAAGCAGAGACGAGUUCCUGGAGUAUGCUUGUGAUUUGACCCUAGAUCCAAACACAGCCCAUCGGCGUCUGGUCCUGUCUGAUGGAAACACCGUAGCCACCCUUCAGCAGACGUCUCAGCCGUACCCCGACCUCCCUCAGCGCUUCGACGGCUGGACGCAGGUGCUUUGUCUCCAGCCCCUCUCCUCUGACCGCUGCUACUGGGAGGUGGAAUGGAGGGGGCGUGGCUCCUCUCUAGGUGUGGUCAGUAGUUCCAUGUCCCGCAAAGGCGCGGAUUCAGGGGCGGGGCUUGGGUAUAACAGCCAAUCGUGGAGCUUGGAGCUGUCAGACAUGUGCUGCGCAGCCAUGCACGCCAAUCAGAAGAUGGAGAUCCCUGUGAUCUACAGUCCUCGUGUCGGGGUGUUUCUGGACAGGACUGCAGGGACUCUGACGUUCUAUACCGUGGAUGAUGAGUUGGUUCCUCUCCACACGUUUCAAGGGUCAUUUCCAUCGUCGCUGUAUGCGGCGUUCGGGGUGGGCUGUGGGGUCGGUGUGGGGCUGGAUUUUGCCAUGGGACAGUUCAGCUCCACGUCAGACAGCAUUAAAAUCUGUCCCUUGUGAACUGAGUGAAUCUCACAAAAGACAUAUGCAGAUCAUUUGUGACCCUGGACCAUAAAAACAAUAGCACGGGUAUAUUUGUAGCAAUAGCCAGAAAUACACUGUAUGGGUCAAAAUUAUACAUUUUUCUUUUACGCCAAAAAUCAUUAGGAAAUUAAGUAAAGAUCAUGUUCCAUGAAGAUAUUUUGUAAAUUUCCUACCGUAAAUAUAUCACAAUUAAAUUUUUGAUUAGUAAUAUGCAUUGCUAGGAACUUCAUUUGGACAACUUUAAAGGUGAUUUUCUCAAAAUGUUGAUAUUUUGCACCCUCAGAUUCCAGAUUUGUCAAUGGAAAUCUUAUUUAUUCAGCUUUCAAAUGAUGUAUAAAUCUCAAUUUCAAAUUUAAAAAAAUUGACCCUUAUGACUGGUUUUGUGGUCCAGGGUCACAAAUGUCAACCAAAAAUCCAAAGAGGAAAAAAUAAAGUAUAUUUUACAUAAAAAAAUGAAGCCUAUUGGUAAGACCAAAAAUAGUUGUCAUAAAAAUUCAUCACUUUUCUCCUCCAAAAUAAAUAAUAAUUACCAUAAUGUUUCUAGUCAAAUUUUUGUACAAUUAUACAAUUUUAAGUUUCAUUUCUGCAAUACAGCCAUGUUAAUCAUUCUGUCUAGACAUUUUUUUUAAACCUGCAAAAAUAAAAUAUGUAAAAUAUUUUAUUCAUAUAACAGUAACAAAUUAUAUAUAUUUUUUUUAAAUUAUAGUAUUGAGAAGUGUGCUGUAAUUAUGCUUAAUUGUCAUAAAAAUGCAUUAAAUCUGAUAAUUAAUUUUAUAUUUCUGAAAAAUAUGUGUGUGUGUAUAUAUGAAGAGUUUAGAUGCAAAACCAGCUAAGUCCAUCUGACAUCUUUCUUUAAAAAAUGCAUUUUUACCAGGCUCAGAUGUAUAGGUUUCUAUGUAAGUACCAGUACGUUUGAUUGGGCUAAGGCUGGUAUUUUAGGGAGUUUGAAGGAAAAUUAUUUGAUGGACGCAUAAUGUGUGUCGAGAGCAUUCACUCAGUAUCAUUAUCUCAUUUUGACCGAGAUGGCUUUUAGCUGGUUUUGCAUCUGAACUCUUCAUAUAUAUAUAUAUAUAUAUAUAUAUAUAUAUAUAUAUACACAUAUUUUUCCCACCUUUUUUGGGAUCAGGAUUGUAUGGUUAUGGCAAAAAAAAAAUUAAGAUAAUUAAUAUGUAAUUAUUAAAAUGAAAUUAUAUUAUACAUAAAAAUAAUUGCGCUAAUAGGCUUCAUUUUUCAAUUAAAAUUCAGCAUAUUUUCACUUUCUUAGCUUAUAGCUCAAUAUUUGUAUUUCUCAUUAUGCAAAUAUGAUUUUAAUUUUGGCAG